AUGACAAGCAUUUCACAGAAUUUUGGCGCUGCAGAACAUCAGCAAAACAUAUUUGCGAAUAGUUUUUGGGGUAAAGAUGAUGCUGGUUUUGAUGUACUUAACACACGUCUAAAACAAACAAAGCAAACAUGUGAAGAAAUCAAGAAUUUGUUUCAUGAAAGAGCAUUAAUUGAAGAAGAAUAUGCUAAACGAUUAUCAAAAUUAUCUAAAAUUCCAUUUGGAAAAGAUGAAAUUGGGACAUUGCAUGAUGCUUUAGAAACAGUUCGACAAGAAUUGGAGACGACAGCUAAAGAACAUAUUGGUCUUUCUCAGAAAAUAAGAGCUGAACUUGAACAAGAAUUGACGAAUUUUAUCACAAAACAAAAAGAAAAGAGGAAACUGCAACAAAGUGUUGUAGAAGGAAGUCUGAGAAAUAAGCAAACACAAAUUUCUUUUGUCCAAAAGUAUGAAUCAGAGUGUUUAAAACUACCAGAAUUAUUUGAAUCUAAGAAAACAGUUACAGGAAAAGAUUUAGAAAAGUUAAAUUCUAAAAUUGAAAAAACUCAGUUGGCGACAAAGGCUGCUGAUCAAGAAUACAUUCAAAUGGUUAAAAUUGCUGCUGAUGCAACCCAGAAGUGGAAUGACGAUUGGAGGUUAGCAUGUGAAAAAUUCCAACAUUUGGAGGAGGAUCGAAUUGAAUUUUUGAAACAAGGGUUAUGGAAUUACGCGAAUCUCAUAUCAUCUAUUUGUCGAAUUAGAGUAAGUUUGGAAAAUUGUAAUGUAGAUAAAGAUAUUCAAACUUUCGUUAAAGAGUACGCCACGGGAUCGGAAAUACCAGGUGAAAAUGGGACUCGUUAUCGAAGAGCAUCUUACGUAUCACCUCCAAGCACUGACAAACCUAUCGGAAAUCCUCAAAGCACGCAAAAUGCUAAUUAUAACCUGAGAUCAACAACUACUUCAAGUCAAUCUUCGCAAGGAACUGGUAUGAAUUAUAAAAGCUUAUACAACUAUCUUCCAUUUGAAAGAAGCGACAGGGCUUCUAUGUACGCCAAUACUUCAUCUGCAUCACCACGCGGUACAAUUAAAGAUUCCGCACUUCCACAAACUCCCAUCGAGGAAGUAGAAGAACCUGAUCCUAUCGAUCCAGGACAACAAACAAUCCUUGCGGUUGGUAGUAAUAUGUUCGAAGUACAAGCCACUAAUGAAAAUUUAAAAAAUGACAUCAAAUCGAGUUCUUCAUCUCCAAUACUAAAAACGUCUGAAUCUGUUAAAGAUGAGUCAUUUAUAUCCCCAACUACAGUUUCUCAACUAAAUAAUCAAAAAACUGAAUAUGGUUCGAUGGAAAAGUCUCAGUCUCCUAUACCCUAUGAUCAACCUAGUGACUCGAGUUCGAUACCUCUGCAAGUCACUCCUGAGACCAGCUCAUCACCUAUUAUAAAUACUCAGCAUCAAGAAAUUCAAGAAAUUCAAACACACAGACAAAACUCUCUACGAACACUUGAGGGUAUUUCUUCACAAAAUUUUCAAAAACCAUCAGUUUCUGGUCCAGGAGAUUUACGACGUCAAUCAUCAAAUCCUGUUAUUGGAUCAGAUUCAUCACAACCAAAUAUACAAGGUCCAGGUGAUGUACGCAAGCAUCCUAUAACACAAUCACCACGGCAUCAACAUCUUGCUCAACAAUCCAAUUAUCAACGUAAUGAAUCUCCUAUUGAUGAUUUGGCAAGAUCAAAUACGAUACGAACCGCAUCUAGUUCUGGCAGCAAUAAUUCUAUUGGGAUUCAACUCGAUGCACGUGGACGUGUUAAACAAGAUGAUAUGGCUGAAGCAUAUUAUGAUCGACAGAAUCAGUAUUAUCAACAACAACCAAUUCGUCCAAAUGGAUCAACGUAUAGUACUAUACCAUCAAAUUCAAUUCCAUAUGGACAGGGCUAUAAUCAAUCAACGAUGAACAAUUCUCAGGAUCCUAGAGUAUCAUCUCCUGGAUCGUCAAUUAAUGUAGUAAGAAGUAACACAUUUAACGCUAGACCAAGGACACAAUAUUCCCAAUCAAUGUAUUCGAACCCUGGAUUUUAUAAUGUCCCUUAUGAUCCAAGACGACCACCACCACAACAAGCAUUUAAUGUGCAUGGAUUUCAGCGACCUAAUGGACGAAGUAUUCAACGUAUGGACGAUGGUAGACAUGUUUUAUUUUUAGUGAAGGCAUUAUAUGAUUACAAAACCACUUCAAGUGAAGAAAUACCAUUUCUAGCAAAUGAUGUGAUCGCAGUGUUGGGUACAAAUCCUGAUGGAUGGUGGGAAGGCGAAUUACUUGAUGAGAGUAGAAAGAAGAGAGGAUUGUUUCCUAGUAACUACACUCAAGUUUUGGAAUGA